UUAGCAGGUUAUAAUGAAAAGAGACUGUUACAUGAUCUAUUAGAUACAUACAAUACACUAGAACGUCCGGUUUUAAAUGAAUCGGAUCCAUUACAAUUAAGUUUUGGUUUAACUUUAAUGCAAAUAAUUGAUGUGGAUGAAAAGAAUCAAUUGCUGGUAACAAAUGUUUGGCUGAAAUUGGAAUGGAACGAUAUGAAUUUGCGUUGGAAUACUUCAGACUAUGGUGGUAUAAAAGAUUUACGUAUACCACCGCAUCGGAUAUGGAAACCGGAUGUGCUGAUGUACAACAGUGCUGAUGAGGGUUUCGAUGGUACAUAUCAAACAAAUGUGGUGGUGCGCAAUAAUGGCUCCUGCCUCUACGUACCACCGGGCAUAUUUAAGUCAACAUGUAAAAUUGACAUAACAUGGUUUCCGUUUGAUGAUCAACGUUGUGAAAUGAAAUUUGGCAGUUGGACAUAUGAUGGAUUUCAGCUGGAUUUGCAAUUACAAGAUGAAACUGGCGGUGAUAUCAGCAGUUACGUGCUCAACGGCGAGUGGGAACUACUGGGUGUGCCUGGUAAACGUAAUGAGAUCUAUUAUAAUUGCUGUCCAGAACCAUACAUUGAUAUAACAUUUGCGAUUAUAAUACGAAGAAGAACAUUAUAUUAUUUUUUUAAUUUAAUUAUACCCUGUGUACUGAUUGCAUCAAUGGCUUUAUUAGGUUUUACACUGCCACCAGAUUCUGGUGAAAAAUUAUCAUUGGGCGUUACUAUUUUAUUGUCUUUAACGGUAUUCCUUAACAUGGUAGCCGAAACGAUGCCAGCAACAUCGGAUGCCGUACCCCUGUUAGGUACAUAUUUCAAUUGCAUAAUGUUUAUGGUAGCUUCAUCCGUUGUGUCAACGAUUUUAAUAUUAAAUUAUCAUCAUCGAAAUGCUGAUACACACGAAAUGUCCGACUGGAUACGUGUGGUAUUUCUAUGCUGGUUGCCCUGGAUCUUACGCAUGCAUCGACCAGGUAGACCCAUAAUAUUGGAUUUCUCAUCAACCCCCUGUUCGGAUACAUCAUCGGAGAGAAAACAUCAAAUCUUAUCCGAUGUGGAACUAAAAGAGCGCUCCUCGAAAUCAUUACUGGCCAAUGUUUUGGAUAUUGAUGAUGAUUUUCGCAAUGUACGCCCCAUGACUCCCGGUGGCACACUGCCUCAUAAUCCAGCAUUUUAUCGUACAGUUUAUGGACAAGGUGAUGAUGGUAGCAUAGGUCCCAUAGGUAGUACCCGAAUGCCGGAUGCUGUAACGCAUCAUACAUGUAUAAAAACACAAACGGAAUAUGAAUUAAGUUUAAUAUUAAAGGAAAUACGUUUCAUCACGGAUCAGCUUCGCAAAGAAGAUGAAGAAAAUGAUAUAGCCAAUGAUUGGAAAUUUGCCGCUAUGGUCGUUGACAGACUGUGCCUUAUCAUAUUCACAAUGUUCACAAUAUUAGCUACAAUAGCUGUACUACUAUCAGCACCACAUAUUAUUGUCUCGUAGCUAUAUGAGAGAGGUGGUUAUUGUUAUUGGUUUUAUCACAAAAUCAAUUUGUUAAUUAUUAAAUUAAUAACGAAAAUUUUUAAAUAAACAACCAGAAAAAAAACAAAAAAAAAAACUAAACAUACCCAAAAAAAAAACCGAAAAAAAAUCUUAA